CGUCGAACACACGGAAAUGGCUGAGGCGGAGAAGAAAUUUAACUUGGAUCUUAUGUGUGAGGCGUUUUGUAAAUGCAAAACCGACGACGGAGAGCUUUUGAUGGAUGAAUACAUCAAGGCAUACCACCAGCUAAUAAACUUUAACAGCCUCCUUGGAACAGUGUUCAAUUUUGUAAACUGUGAUAUCAGAGAUAAAGUUCACAUCCUGGAACACCACCUCAAAUCUGAGCAGGGUGAACACUAUGCCACAGUUCAGAAAAUGAUCCUCUACGAAGUCGAAAAAGGAACAACAGCAAAAACCAGCAAGGUUGCGUCAGGGUCACGAACAUUCCUUCGCCUCCACAGAGCUCUUGAAUUCCUGGCCAGUUUUCUGGAUAAACUGGUCCAGGCCCAGGAGGGGGAUAAAGUAUCAUGGCUGGCAGUAGACGCCUACAGAACAACACUGAGUAAGUUUCAUCCUUGGUUGAUUAGGAAAGGUGCCGAGCUCGCGAUGCACACCUUGCCAACACAACGACAGCUGAUGGAGAAGAUAGGAAUGAGCGACGUGGAAGUGACGAAAACGACGUUACGAAAGACCAUAGUUGCAGCUCAGGAGGUCUAUGCCAGUGCACAGGACUUGUAUACAAAGCAUAAUUUGCUAGACUUGCCAUAAGACAGGUGCUCCAGCUAAGUGGAUUUUCUUGCAUAGAUGGGUAAAAAGACAGAAUUAGAAUGAUUCAUCAUAAUGCUGAUAUUGUAUGACUUAAUGCUGAGCUCACAUUCAGGUAAAAGUUGGAUCAUUUCUAACUUACAUGAAACACAAGUCAUGACCUCUAUUGUUACUGAAUUUGGCUAAAAUUGAAAUUUUAUUCACUUAGCCAGUUGAGAAAUUUCUAUGUUUUUAGCACCUGGGUAAAGUAUACUUAGUAGGGAAAGCCCUAAUCCAAUAUAGCUUGUUUCAUACUGUACUGGUAUCUCACAAAGAUACCCGGAGGACAAGAUCAGGUAUGUUUAAUGUGUAAAUUAGUAAUUAACUUAAUUGACCAUGAUGAUAUUAUAUUUUUUAAUGCGAUAAUGCUGUGGCUUUGUACAGUAGAUCUGCUUUAGAUGAAAUGGACCUCUGGAUACCUCUACGCCGUCUACGGUAACCAUAGAAAUACUUGAAUAACCAUACAAAUGUUAUGAUAAUUACUCAGUUGAUUUCAACAACAAUAAUUGAUACCCCCCACCCUUCCCCAUCAUAAAAAGUUUGAACAGUAAUACUUUAAAGUGAUGAUUCAGAAGUUUUGACAUGCGAGAUGGCUUCAUGUCAGUACUGUAAGUACAUUUUUGUCUAUUUAAGAUAUUAGGAAAGUGAGACAAUCUAAUUUUAAGUAGUAGUAGUAAUUAUCAUUACUAGAGGGUAAAUCUUGUUAUAACACUUAGUUAAACCUUUCAGUAUGGGAUCCCGGUGUAAUAAUCCUGUUUCUGUUUCUGCUUAGAAUUUUGGUCAGCUACUGUGCAAGUCAUAUUUCUCAACGAAUUUAAAGGGCUCUUACCUCAUAUUUCAGGAAUUUAUGAGAGCCUUAGAACGA